UUCCAAUCGAGUGAUCUUUUCCUCUUCAUCUUCUUCAUUGAUUCUGGGGAUUUCCGAGCUCGAGAGAUCGGAAGCGUUUGGGAGAGACAAUGGUGGAAUCCAAGACUGUGCACUCGGCCCUCAUCACCUACACGUCCAUGAUAUCCCUCCUCUCCCUCUGCCCCCCUUUCGUUAUCCUUCUAUGGUAUACAAUGGUUCAUGCUGAUGGUUCUGUUAUGCAAACGUUUGAGUAUCUUAAGCAAAAUGGUCUAGAGGGCCUCAAAACCAUCUGGCCGACACCAUCCCUCAUUGCAUGGAAAAUCAUUGCUGUUUUUGGUGCAUUUGAAGCUUUUCUUCAGCUCGCAUUGCCUGGUAAAAGGUUUGAAGGACCAGUUUCUCCUACAGGACAUGUACCCGUUUAUAAGGCCAAUGGUCUGCAAGCUUAUGCAGUAACAUUGAUAACUUACCUUGGUCUCUGGUGGUUUGGGAUAUUCAACCCCGCAAUUGUGUAUGACCAUCUUGGAGAAAUCUAUUCAGCCCUUGUAACAGGAAGCCUUGUCUUCUGUGUCUUCUUGUAUAUAAAGGGGCAUUUGGCACCUUCAUCUUCUGAUUCUGGAUCCUCUGGGAAUGUGAUUAUUGACUUCUAUUGGGGAAUGGAAUUAUAUCCCCGAAUUGGUAAACAUUUUGAUAUCAAAGUUUUCACAAACUGCCGCUUUGGUAUGAUGUCUUGGGCAGUUUUGGCUUUAACAUAUUGCAUCAAACAGUAUGAACAGAAUGGUCAAGUUGCUGAUUCAAUGCUUGUGAAUACUGCAUUGAUGCUUGUGUACAUUACCAAGUUCUUUUGGUGGGAAUCUGGAUAUUGGUGCACAAUGGAUAUUGCUCAUGAUAGAGCUGGAUUCUAUAUUUGCUGGGGAUGCUUGGUAUGGGUUCCAUCAAUCUAUACUUCUCCUGGGAUGUACCUUGUUAACCAUCCUGUGAAUCUCGGUUCCCAGCUUGCACUUUCAAUACUAGCUGCUGGACUCUUGUGCAUAUAUAUCAACUACGACUGUGAUAGGCAAAGACAAGAGUUCCGCAGAACAAAUGGAAAGUGUAAAAUUUGGGGGAAAGCUCCUUCGAAAGGUUCCAUAGUAGCCUCUUAUAAAACAACAAAAGGGGAGACGAAAACUAGCCUUCUUCUUACUUCUGGCUGGUGGGGUUUAGCUCGUCAUUUCCAUUACAUGCCAGAAAUAUCAGCCGCGUUCUUCUGGACAGUGCCAGCGCUUUUCAGCCAUUUCCUGCCAUAUUUCUAUGUGAUCUUUCUCACCAUUCUCCUGUUCGACCGAGCAAAAAGGGACGAUGAUCGGUGCUCUUCCAAGUAUGGGAAAUAUUGGAAGAUGUACUGUGACAAAGUGCAGUACAGGGUCAUCCCGGGGAUCUACUGAGUUCAUCGGUGUUCCAAAUCCCCGCUUUGUCUUGAGAUCAGCUUAAUAUCCGGCUUCGCCUUGAGAUCAGCCUAAUGAAGUAGGAUGUAUGAAUGCUUUGCUUUAGUAGUUCAGAGUAUGUAAUGUCUGAGUUAUCAGUUGAGAUGGUUUGUAGACAUUUGGAGCUUGAAUUUGUCUUAAUGUGCAAGACUUUUUUAAAUAAAUUUAGGUUGAGAGUCCAAAUUCUUAUUUUUCUUUUA